AUGGGAGGCCCAGAACUGUCCAAGCAGCACCCACAGGCGAAAGUUCCACAGCUCGAGGUGAGAGUGGGGUUGCAGUGUGGAAUUCCAGGGAGCCUUCCUGAGGGUUCCUACUGCAGAAGCAGGCCAGAAGGCGGGAGUUUCUCACCUCCCUCUCUCUCCCCAGGCGCUAACGCCUUCCCGGAGCUUCAGAAGACUGGCGAGCCUCCAGCAGCUGAGCCUUCACCUCCCCCUCCCCCGGGCCUUCCUCACAGAGCUCCUUCUGAGCACGCAGACCCGAACUCAGGACGACGGCCUCCGGACCUCCCGAAGCCUGCGGCAACCCAGAAGCCCAGAAAGCAGUGCAACGUCAGCCGCCUCGCCAAACCCGUCCACAGACCCGUGGACGACUCCAAAGCCACAGACUCCCAGGGCGCCACCGAUGAUCAUGAAAAGCCUCCCUUCUUGGAAAAGAAGGUCAGCAGCCCCAAAGAAGACCCGAUGGUCCGGAGCGGACGCUCAGCUGACGACCCCAAGUCCACCCACACGGAGAAAGGGUCAGGGGGAAAACGCCCGACCUCGGCGCCCCGGAGAACCACGGUGUGCAAAUCCACCACAAGCAAAAGCAGGGUCACAAGGAACUCGGGGACGCCCGUGGGCCCUGUGAAGGUCAGCAGCCCGGCGAGCACGGCCUCGCACGAGCCCGCAACUCGUCCCCAUGACUCAGAGCUCAGGAAAAGCCCUCCCUCCUCGGUAAAGUCCACAGAAGCGACCCCAGGAACCCCGGGAGCUGACGACCACAGGGCUCCAUCGGCCUCAGACAAGCCUGUCCACACCACCACAGGACACGCCAAACGCAGCACGUCAGCCAGCAAGACGACCAAUCCCCCAGUGACGUCAGCAGAGCAUAAGGUAGAUAACACGUCCACCAACGAGGAGGCCACAACAUCCCUAACACCCACCAAGUAUGAGAGAGAGACCGUGACGGCCACGCAGGCUCCGGUGGCGCUUACCGACCGUGAAAGCCAGAGCGAGGCCGCCAAUGGGACCGCAAGAGCCCCAACAACACCGGCACAGCACAGGGGAGAAACCACAUCAGCUACUGAGGACACCACGCAUGCCCAAGUGAUGCCCAUAGAACAUAGCACCACACCGGCCAGCGAAAACACAACACACGCCUCAGCGGAGUCUACAGACCACUCAGAAGAGGCCUCACCCACCACCCAGAAAGCCCCCAAAGUCUCAGAGAGUCCCACGGGAUCCCUGGAGAAAACCGCACCAGCUGCCAAGACCAUAAAAGCCACGGGAAGCCCAGCCAAGGCCACGGCAGACAAGGCCACGGUAGACAAAGCCACGGCUCCCCCUCCUCAUUUCGAGACCACGCACCCAGGAGUCCUUGGCAUUGUGACAACUAGGACGGACGUGGGUUUCCCCACCCCCUCGGAAGCCCCCCGACCCCGGCAGAGCACCCACAGCUCCCCCGCGGGCCCCCACGCUGCUGGGGAGAGGCAGGGGACCGAUUCCUUCCCCGCGUGGGCCAUAGUUAUCGUGAUCCUUCUGGCCGUGAUCGUCCUUCUGGUCUCCCUGGGCCUGAUCUUCUUGGUCUCCUGCGCCUCGCGCGCACGCCACGUGCUGAGCCGGAACUCCGAGGACUCCGACCCCGAGGACAUUGGGGGCCACAACUCCUACCCCGUCUACCUGAUGGAGCAGCAGAACUUGAGACCAAACCAGAUCCCGACCCCUCCAUGACCUUGAGACUGCACCCCAGCUCUUCCAGGCUUCGCCCCUUCCUGGAAGAGCUGGGCCCAGGACUCCAGCUUCGCGGACUCGGAGAGGGGAGCGAAACUGACAGAUAGCGGCUGUAGACCCCAUCGGCCGGGUCUUCACUGACAUCUCGAAGAACAAGGUGGCGAGGGUGACAGAGUGACCCUCGGAGGAAAGAGAAGGAAGGACGCGCGGUGCGCGCGCUCCCCUCCAAAGCGGCGGGGCGGGGCCCGUGGGGACACCCGCCCCCGAGGUCCGAGGGGCGUGGCUAGGGAGGCCGAGGCCGCUCGGAAGACCCGGGGCGCUGCGGGAGUGGGGGCGCGCGCCCAGGCUAAAGAACUGAUCUAUAGCAAUUCUGUCCACACCCACUUAAGACGCACACACCUCCGAAUUCCCGAGAUACCAGAUCGUAUCUUUUUCUUAAUUAAAAAAGGGCCCAAGAAUAAAGGAAGAAAAGAAGGAUUUUCUUUUCUGUUCUCUCCAUCACCACGGAGAGAGACACAGAGAGACACAGACAGACAGACAGACAGAGACCACAAAACUCCUUCACCCCACGGCUCCGCCUGCUUCCUCGGGAUGUCAGUGGUGGGCUCCCGUUCGUGGUUGGGUGUGGGUUUGCCCGCAGUCUCGCCCACACAGCCUGCUCCCCAACCUUCCCUGCUGGGGUGCCCGCCCAGCAGCUGUAUUCCUGCGUCCCUCGCCGAAGGCCGGUGCUGGCUUCACCUUGCAGCCCCUCUCCCCACUCUCCCACAACAUGCUCACUUUCCUUUCUGCAGGCAGUUAAUCUCAGUGUGCUCUGGGGAUUUUUGUUUCCAGCUUAUCCCGUGCCUCUUACCUGGCACUGACGGGCAGGUGAGCGGGUGCCCUCUGCUGGAUUUCUCUAAUAAAGCAUAAUGUAACGUGCGGACUGGAAGAACGGGCUCGUG